GUUGGUGACACUGCCAGCGGUGCAGUUGUCGGGCAUACCGUGUGUGUGGUGUUGGAGUGUCGGCCCUCUAAUGAUGGUCGACGAUGAGAGGACACCGCCGGGUGAAUCAGGACUGUCCGCUACGGGAGACCCGAAACUGUGGCACGAAUUUAGACAAUUGGUUACAGACGUGAAGCGCGAGAAGUGGCGGGCGUUUAACGAUUGGGUGGUCGGCCGGGGCUGCGAACCACUGCCCGAACACUGCUUUCACAACCCAUCGCAUUAUCUCCAUAUAUACGGCUAUCCCUUGGAGUUGGACUAUCAGGACAUCCGUCCGUUGGGACGCAAU